AUGAGUGCUGCUGUACAAGUGAUAUUUGCAACAAUGUUCAAUGUGGAGUUCAUAACUGGGAAUUUGGGGAAUGGAUUCAUAGCACUGGUGAACAUCAUGGACUGGGUCAAGAGAAGAAAGAUCUCUUCAGUGGAUCAGAUCCUCACUGCUCUGGCCAUCUCCAGGAUCACUGUGUUGUGGUCAAUGUACCUAAUGAUGACAAUAUUAUCAAUGUAUCCAGAUGUAGAAGUGCUUAUGAAAACAAUAAUACUGACUAAUCUUAUCUGGGUAAUUUCUAACCAUUGUAGCAUCUGGCUAGCAACCAUUCUCAGCAUUCUUUAUUUUCUCAAAGUAGCCAAUUUUUCUUACUCUAUUUUCCUCUACCUAAGGUGGAGACUUACAAAGGUGAUUACAGUAGCAUUGCUGGUUUCUCUGUUCCUCUUGUUUGUAAAUAUUUUAGUAACAAACAUACUAAUAGAUACAUGGAUGAAUCAGUUCAAUACAAAUGUAUCUUACAGUGACAAACUAAAAAAUUUUACAGGCAUUCCCAGACUUCUUGUAUUAACAAAUACUAUGUUCACAGUAAUACCUUUCACUGUGUCCAUGACGACAUUUUUUCUGCUCAUCUUCUCCCUGUGGAAACAUCUGAAGAAGAUAAAGCACAUUGUUAAAAGUGCCAGAGAUGCUAACACCACAGCUCACAUCAAAGCCUUGAAAACUGUGGUUGCCUUUCUCCUGCUGUAUGUAAUUUUUACAUUCUCUCUUUUUGUACAACUUUGGAGCUAUGACUUUAAAGGAAAAAAUUUUUUAACAUAUUUUUACCCUGUUGGUAUAAUUGCUUUUCCAUCAUUCCAUUCAUGUGUCCUGAUUAUGGGAAACAGUAAGCUGAGACAGACCUCUCUUCUCGUACUGUCAGUGUUAAGGUGUAAGAUCCAAGAAUUUGGACCAUUGUGUCUCUAA